AUCGAACUCGCUCAAACAACGCAACACAACCUCGCCUUGCUCGCACGUCAAACUCGUCAAAGCCAGUUUUGCGUCGUUUGUGUUAACCCGUGCGGUGGCGACGCACCACUCGCGUUGUGAACUUUGUUGUGUUUUGUGUAAAAAUGCCUUUUAUUUCAAAAGAUUGGAGAUCACCAGGUGAAGAAUGGGUUAAGACUCAAGAAGGCUGGGAGAAGAAAAAAGUGUUGGAGUGUACCGCUCAAAGAUAUCCUGCAAUAACUAACUAUAAUAACACAGAGAAGCAAGAAAAAUGGAACCAAGAGGGCGAAGAUGGUGUUAAAUCAAACGACCCGACCGCAAGGGUGCCCCCACACUGCCACAUCACCAUCAAAUGCACUAGAGAAAUUGCUGGCUUCAACGGCCUAUCAGAAGCGGUCAGACGGCUUGACUUCUCGUCGGCAGUCCGAGAUGUGAGACGGUUUAAUUAUAUCUGCGCGUUGUUGGAGCUACUGCUGGGAGGACAGCGACUUACGCAUCUGCCUGGCGCUGCGCAGAAACUGCUGCUGUCCAUGCUUGAGCAGUUAGCAGACCAAGUGGCAACAUCGAAACAGAACCUGAACGCGUUACGCGCGCUGAUAGUGGCGCUGUCAGCGUUGCGUGAGGCGGAGCGCCGCGCGUGCUGGGGGCGCCCGCUCGGCUCGCGCGCGCUGUGGGGGCACCACGACCACGCCAUCGCCAGGAUUCAUGACAUAGCUAACAGCAUAAGGAUUCAAGAGCCCGGCCCAGAAGUAGUGCCUAAACUUCACGAUCUGCCUGAAGAGUGUAUCAGGGAGAUUUUACUGAGGAUAUCGGAUCACAGGGAUUUAGAUUCCGCGGCGUCAGCGUGGAACGUGAUGUCGUCGGUGUGUUCGGAGCAGAGAGUGUGGCGGGAGCUGGUGUCCUUCCACUUCUCGCGGCAGCAGUGCGACCAUGUCCUCAAGGACAAGGACGAGAAGGAUGUCGACUGGAAGAAAACUUUCCACCAGCUUAGGAAGCUGUACGGCCUGCGCGAGGAGGCGCAGUUCGCGGAGACGCUGUCGCUGUGUCGGCACUGCAAGUGCUUGUUCUGGCGCUCGCUCGGCCAUCCCUGCAUCGCCGACCAGUGCCCCGAGUACCGCGAGCGGCUGAAGGAGGCGGGCGGGCCACUGCCGCCGCACCCCGUGCCGCCCGCGGCCUUCCUCAAGUUCUUCUCGCUCUAACUGCACUCCGCCACACCGCCACUCCGCCACACCGCCACACCGCCACACCGCCACACCGCCACUCCGCCACACCGCCACACCGCCACACCGCCACACCGCCACUCCGCCACACCGCCACACCGCCACACCGCCACACCGCCACACCGCCACUCCGCCACACCGCCACACCGCCACACCGCCACACCGCCACACCGCCACUCCGCCACACCGCCACACCGCCACACCGCCACACCGCACAGCCAAAGGAAAUACUCGUACACUUCUAAAAUCAUCUCCAUAGAACAGGAUUACGAUGACAGCUCGUCGGCCAAUCACGAAAAGGAACGGAGUUCAAUGUAUUCAAUUGGUCAUGGAACUGUCAGUAGCCAAGUAAACAGUUGCAAGAAAAUUGGAAUGGUAUGCCCCGUACGGCCUUUCCGAGGAUAGGUAUAUUAAUUAAUUUUUAUUAUAUAUAUUAUUAAUUAUAUUUUUUAAUUGACAAUUAUUAAGUCAUUAAUGACAUUUCAUUAAAAUAGCUCCUUGUACAGGUUGUAGGGGAGUAUAUCCAUCUAAUACUGCCAAAUAAAAGGAAAGUUUUGAUUGCUUUAUUAGUAUGCCACGAGUCUCAACAGAAAAACCGACAGUCCGCAUCAAACUAAUCUUAUAAAGAAUAAUGUUGACUGAUAUGAAUUUGAUUUUUUUUCAGAAGUUAACAUAUGAGAAAACAUCAUUCUUUUAAGUUGUAUAUUUGCAAAAGCCUAUUAUAUAAACGUCUGAUUUUAUUAAGUACAUAUAUUGGGUGUGUAUUAAUUUUUAAUUUCAACAUAGAUAUUUUGAUCACAGCUUAUAAAAAUAAACAACUGUACAAUAUUUGCAAAACGCUAAUUACCUCCAGUCCAGUUUUUUUUUUUUUCAUUUAAAGUGUGGCUUAAAAUAAAUGAGCGUGUAGAUCGAAAACGACUGAUAACGAUCUCAGGCAUACUGGCCUAUAAUACAUUUACUUACGUAUAUAUUCAAAUGUGUAUAAUUUAAAAAGAAAAUAAAUUUAUAGGAAAAAAAAAUGUUCUCUGUAAAAAUUAUUGUACCAACCAGUGAUUUGAGAAUUUAAAAGAACUUUUCAUUUACAGUAUUUUUAUAUACAAGUAAAGUUUUUUUUCUAAACUAUAGUUUUAAGAAACUAACUCCUUAGUGUAAGGUUUGUUUCAUCCAUAUAUUUGUUUGCGCAACCACUAAUAUGCUUAAAUCAUACAUAAUAAUGCUUUAAGAGGACUUGUGAUAUUACCCAAAUAUAUAAUAAAGUGUGUUGUGUUUGUAUUGUUCAUCGGUGUUGUUUGUUACGUUUUAAUAAAUAAUUUAUAUAAAUCUAACUGUUUUCUAAUCCAGCAUAAUAUUUCAAAUUAUUUUGUUUUUAUUCUCUGUGGCACUUCCUAUUAGAAGAAAAAAUGUUUUAUUUAUUUUUUCAAAAAGCCAUGGAGGAGGCAUAAGAAUCAUUUCAUUUAUACCUAUUAUUGUUGUGUGCAAUCAAUGUUUCAAAGGCGCGGUAUUUAGUCAAAUAAGUAUUAUUAUAAUAAACAGGUGUUUUUAAGUGGUUCUCAUGCUUCACUAAAUAUGAAACUAAAUAAAAAUAUGAAUGUACCCUAGAUUAGUUAAGUCUAUUUUAGAUUCAUUGUAAAAGCUAACUCAUAAUCCCUGCUGAUUUUUCUUUUUCUUUCUGCAUAGAUCAAAUGUGAAAUAACUAGCUUGUCAUGACAAAAAAAAAUUGUAGCUGAUAGAUUAAAAAUAUAAUGUGUACUUUCAUGUUACAUCUGCAAGUCGAGUAGACAAUUAACAUAAGAGUAAAUUUGACUAAAUUUAAUGUUCUAGUUAAGAUAAAGCAAUAUUUUACUACAAUUUCAUGAACUCAUAAAUAAAGAGAGUAGCUGUAAGGACUUGAAGCUUAUUUUAAAAGGCUGAUAACUGUUUUUCUUCUGUAAUUUCAGUUUUAUGAAAAAAUAUCAGUGUUCAGUGUUGAUAAGAUGUUCCAUGAAACGGUCCAAAAAUGUUAUUGGUAAGGUAUUUUGUUAGGCCUAAUUGAAUUUCCGCUAUCCGUCACAAUGUGAAGUGUAGUCUACUGUAUGUAGAUUUUCCUUAUGUAGGCUCAUUGAUAAGUUUUAAUUAAAUUAUUGCCUACAUAUGAAAAGGGAGUAAUAUUUUGUUAUUAGAAAAAUAUCUCAAACAUUAUUUUAAAUAUAAAUUACAUAUUUAACUUCAGUGUAAAAGGUUCUCUAAAAUUCAUUUUGAUUUUUAAAAUUAUCUAAAUUCAAAAAAUGUUGUAUAACUGUGUUAAAACAUUUGUUUUUGAAUACUUGCAAAGUAUUUUUGUUUGAACAAGUUGAAAAAUGUUAAUGUUCAUGAUAUUUUCGUUACAAAUUUAAUUGUCAGCAAAAAGUUCACUGUAAUCUGUAGUGUAGUUGUUGAUAUUGUGAUAUUUUAAGAUAAAAUUUAAUAUAAGAGUUUGAAGUCCCAAGAAUCUAACCCUUUAGUGUAGAUAAUUUGAAAUCACAAUUGGUUUAAAAAAAGUGAUUUAAAUUUACAUUGUUUAAUAUAGAUUGUUUACAUUGUUUAAUUCCUCCAUUAGACAAUAGAGAUUCCCACUGUCAACAAACAGUCAAAAUGUCAAUACACUUCUGGUCAAAUAGUUCCAGUAGCCAAUGUGAAAGUAUGACAAACUGUUUUCUAAAAGCAUCCCAUCUCAUUUCUGUCACCUAUGCUUCAUCACAUGAUCUAAAUUAUCUGGAGGAAAUCAUCUCCACAUAAUUUAGAUCAUCUUCAGCUCCAACCAAACUACAAGGGCCUUUCCUUGGAGUUGCAAGUGGCAAGAUCCAAUCCAAAAUGUCUUAUAUGCCCCGAAAGUUCAAGCUGUAUGAUAAUUCAAUGUUUUGAUUUUAACAACAUUCGAGUAAAAAAGCAAUGAUGGCAGCAUAGACAACACUAAUCGAUUUUUUAAAAUUCUUGACAACAAAUGCAACUUCGAAGGCAGUCUUGUUGCUUCUUGGAAAUCAUCAGACUUAUGAAUUCAUAGAAAUGCAGCUUAAUUUACUCACUUUGAGUAAUUUUAGUUAGUCUGUGAUUGGUUGUUUGUAAAAGGAAUUGUUUUUGUGUUCUCUCUAUAUUAUGGUACCUACUUUAUAUGGUAUUUUGAAAAUAAAGUUAUUUUGAAUACAAA